ACCGGGCACCGGCGGCGGCGGCAGCGGCAGCCGAGGCCGGCCGGGGCUAACGGGCAGCGGGAGCGGCCCCGGGGCCCGGGCAGCUCCCGGUGGCCCCAUGAAGGAACCGGACGCCAUCAAACUCUUCGUGGGGCAGAUCCCGCGGCACCUGGACGAGAAGGAUCUGAAACCGAUUUUCGAGCAGUUCGGGAAAAUCUACGAGCUCACCGUCAUCAAGGACAAGUACACCGGCAUGCACAAAGGAUGCGCCUUCCUCACCUACUGCGCGCGCGAGUCGGCGCUGAAGGCCCAGAGCGCCCUGCACGAGCAGAAAACGCUGCCGGGGAUGAACCGGCCCAUCCAGGUGAAGCCGGCGGACAGUGAGAGCCGAGGAGAGGAGCGCAAGCUGUUCGUGGGCAUGCUGAGCAAGCAGCAGGCGGAUGAGGACGUGCGCAGGAUGUUCGAGCCCUUCGGCGCCAUCGACGAGUGCACCGUGCUGCGCGGCCCCGACGGCGCCAGCAAAGGCUGUGCCUUCGUCAAGUUCCAGAGCCACGCGGAGGCGCAGGCCGCCAUCGCCGCCCUGCACGGGAGCCGCACGCUGCCGGGCGCCUCGUCCAGCCUGGUGGUGAAGUUCGCGGACACGGAGAAGGAGCGGGGGCUGCGGCGGAUGCAGCAGGUGGCGACGCAGCUGGGCAUGUUCAGCCCCAUCGCCCUCCAGUUCGGCGCCUACAGCGCCUACACGCAGGCGCUGAUGCAGCAGCAGGCCGCCCUGGUGGCCGCGCACUCCGCCUACCUCAGCCCCGUGGCCACCAUGGCCGUGCAGAUGCAGCACCUGGGCACCGUGAGCCCCAACGGGCUCCUGGGCACCCCCCUGGGCACCCCCCUGGGCACCCCCCUGGCACCCUCCUCAGGCACCAGCACCCCGCCGGCCGUGGCGGCCGCGCCGGUCCCGGCCGUGGCGGCCCCGCUCGCCGUGAACGGCUUCAGCCCGGUGCCCGCGCAGCCCGCGGCGCCGCCCGCGCCCGACGCCGUCUACACCGGGGGGGUCCCCCCGUUCCCAGCCCAGAGCCCCGCGACCCCCGGGGACCCCCUGCAGCAGGCGUACGCGGGCAUGCAGCACUAUACUGCCCCGGUUUUGGGGUCCCAGGCCCGUUUUGGGUCCCGAGCCCCGGUUUUGGGGUGCCGUGCCCGUUCUGGCCCCGAGGGCUGUAACAUCUUCAUCUACCACCUGCCCCAGGAGUUCGCCGACACCGAGAUCCUGCAGAUGUUCCUCCCCUUCGGCAACGUCAUCUCCGCCAAGGUCUUCGUGGACAGGGCCACCAACCAGAGCAAGUGCUUCGGCUUUGUGAGCUUUGACAACCCCGCGAGCGCCCAGGCCGCCAUCCAGGCCAUGAACGGCUUCCAGAUCGGCAUGAAGCGCCUCAAGGUGCAGCUCAAGAGGCCCAAGGACGCCAACCGGCCCUACUGA